AAAAAAAAGCCUAUUAUUUCUUGCUACAAACACAACCAAACAAAAUAUUUUAAAACCUUCCAAUGGCCUCACUUCAACUUUCUUCUCAUUUUCUGGGCACAAACACUCAAAAACACAACUCCAUGUCCAUCUCUCGUACUUACUUUCCAACCCCAUUCACCAGAUCAUUCCCCCGCAAGAAGUUUAUGUCGUGUUCCAUGUCUAUGAACGGGUGCGAGAGUGAUUUCAACACUCCACUAGGUACAGUGGUGACUAGGACUAUGGAGACAGUUCUAUCUCCGACAGCCGCAACUGAAAGGCUAAUCUCCGCCGUCUCUGAGCUAAAAUCUCAACCUCCACCGUUUUCCUCCGGUGUUGUUCGGAUACAGGUACCAAUUAACCAGCAAGUCGGAGCAAUCGAUUGGCUUCAAGCUCAGAACGAGACUCAUCCUCGCUGCUUCUUCUCUCGCCGCAGCGACGUUGGUCGUCCCGAUCUUCUCCUCGACUUAGCAAACGACAACAUUAACGAGAGAGGCUCAUCAGAUCGUGAUCUGGUCAGCGUCGCCGGUAUCGGAUCUGCAGUGUUCUUCCGUGACCUAGAUCCCUUCUCUCACGACGAUUGGAGAUCCAUCCGAAGGUUCCUCUCGUCCAAUUCGCCUCUAAUUCGCGCCUAUGGUGGCAUGCGGUUUGAUCCUAACGGCAAAAUCUCUGUGGAGUGGGAACCCUUUGGCGCCUUUUACUUUACUGUGCCUCAGGUUGAGUUUAAUGAGUUUGGGGGAAGUUCAAUGUUGGCUGCAACUCUUGCUUGGGAUGAUGAACUGUGUUGGACGUUGGAGGAUGCUAUUGAAGCACUUGAGGAGACUAUGCUUCAGGUUUCUUCUGUUGUGGUGAGGUUACGGAGAGAGACUCUAGGAGUAUCUGUUCUUAGUAAGAAUCAUGUUCCUAGUAAAGGAGCGUAUUACCCUGCUGUUGAGAAGGCUUUGGAGAUUAUUAAGCAGAAGAGUUCAUCGCUUAGUAAGGUUGUGCUUGCUCGCAACAGUAGGAUUAUAACGGAUACGGACAUUGAUCCUAUUGCUUGGCUUGCACAGUUACAGAGUGAAGGUCAUGAUGCUUAUCAAUUCUGUUUGCAACCACCUGGUGCACCAGCUUUUAUCGGCAACACGCCCGAGAGACUUUUCCAGAGGAAUCAAUUAGGUGUCUGCAGUGAAGCUCUGGCUGCAACUAGGCCUCGAUCUGCUUCUACGGCUCGUGAUAUGGAAAUAGAGCGUGACUUACUAACCAGCCCUAAAGACGACCUCGAGUUCUCUAUUGUACGAGAGAAUAUAAGAGAAAAGUUAAACUCUAUAUGUGACAAGGUGGUUGUUAAGCCCCAAAAAACCGUGAGGAAGCUUGCAAGAGUACAGCACCUAUAUUCUCAAUUAGCGGGGAAGCUUAGAAGAGAAGAUGACGAGUUUGAAAUAUUGGCUGCUCUGCAUCCAACUCCAGCUGUCUGUGGGCUUCCAGCAGAAGAAGCCAGGCUUUUGAUUAAGGAAAUAGAAUCAUUCGAUAGAGGAAUGUAUGCUGGACCUAUUGGUUUCUUUGGUGGCAAAGAGAGUGAGUUUGCGGUUGGGAUCAGAUCAGCUCUAGUGGAAAAGGGUUUAGGGGCAUUGAUAUAUGCGGGAACAGGGAUAGUAGCAGGAAGCAACCCAACCUCUGAGUGGAAUGAACUUGAUCUGAAGAUAUCUCAGUUCACCAAGUCAAUUGAGUAUGAGGCAACAACAAAAACAACUCUGCAGACAAUUAAUUGAAGAAGAGAAACAACAUUUGUUUUUUUCUUUUCUGAGUCGUAUGUGUGGAAUAGGUUUACAAUAGAAAAUCAGUGUGUUUUGUUGAUCUUGUAAAUAGAAAGAAUGAUACUGAAUAGUUAUAGGCUUUUCUUUGAUUGUUAAUGGCCUGCUGGCCUAAUCUCUAUAAUAUUAUUUGAGAAGUCACUUUCUUAUGUGUCGCGUUCACGUUAGCUUUCACGAUGGU